UCGAUCUGUAGUUCCGAGUGGAAGACGGAGGAGCGUGGAGGAAAUCAUGUGAUGUUGCAGGAAGCAAAGCUAGAAACGAAUACACCUACCUAACGAUAACAAAUCUUCAAGCGAUUUGCCGCAAAGCAAUGCUAUAUACAAAUACUAGAGAUCGUCGCCAGUAUAAGAGUGAUUUUAUGGUAUGCCCAGCCCAACCAGGCAACAGAGUAAUCCUUACCCUAAGACAGAUCGAAAGCCAAGUAUUUUCCAUACUCAACACUCUUUAUUGGCCGAUGAAGCUGAAAAACAAAUAUAGAUAUUGUUAAUGUGUAUAGAUAACCUGUAGUAGAGUCCCCGAUCCAAGCCUCAAGAUUUCCCUGUAAAAUACCAGUUUGAUCACAUUAAUUUUACUAUAACUAUUACUAUUGUAAGUACGAAAGUUUUAGCAUUCUCAAUCAUUUGUUUGCAAACAUUUCUACGCGAAAUAAGUCCCUCAUUUUAUGUUGAAAAUAAAAAUUGCAAAUAAUUGUGGAUUACUUGGAUUGUUUAAAUGGGAGCAAGAAGACAAUGAUAAUUUAAUAAUAUAUAUAAUAUAAUUUAAUACAAAUCCAUAUGUCUGCUUAUCCGGUAGGCCGUUGAUUGCGACACUUUUAUUGACCAAGCAGUCAGUUGCCAUGGAUAAAAUCAAUGAUUUAUCGUAGUCUCUCAAAGUUUUCUUCAUUUCAUUGGCUGUGAAAACGAAGAGCAGUCAUACUUUUUGCUGAGUUCCGAAUAGGAAUGGAAUAUAUUUUCAAGAAGGAGCGACGCUCCUUCGGAGCCCGCGUCAACUUCGAGGACAAGGAUGAGGUGGUGUUCACCGAGAACUCGAACCCGGAGCUAGUCAAGAGCUACAUCCUCCAGAACCCCGUGGACCGGGUGACGCAAUACGCCGGACAAACCUCACUGAGUGUGGCCAAUACGGAAAGGGCGACGUACAAGAGUACGGGAAUCACCCACAAUGAGGGCGGAUGGCCGAAGGACAUCAACAUGCAUGAUCCGGAGCAGACGGUGCGGUACAAGCGGAAAAUCGAGAAGGACGAGAACUACAUUACCCAGGUGAUGAAUCUGACCAAGCCCAUGGAGCACUACAUCCACCAAAACAACGCGGUCAACAUCUAUGAGAACUAUUUCGAGAAUCUCGAUCCAGCUCCACUGCCUGAGCCUUGCAAGUCGCGUACGGUCAAUGUGUACCGCGAUCCCAAUCCCAUUAAGGUGCCAGUGAAGCAUUUGUCCUGGUCACCGGAUGGCGGCAUCAAAAUGGCCGUCAGCCAUUGCGACAUGCGGUUCCAGGGCGACAAGUCCAACCAGAAGUGCAACUCGUACAUCUGGGAGGUGGAGAAUCCAAACGAGCCCUUCCUCACCCUGGAACCGAAGGUGCCGUGCGUGUGUCUGGAGUACAACCAGAAGGAUCCAACCAGUCUGGUUAGUGGCAUGUACAAUGGUCAGGUGGCCGCCUGGGACACGCGACAUGGCAAACUUCCAGUCAUGAUCAGCGAACGGGAGGUGUGCCACCGGGAUCCGGUCAACUCGGUGCUUUGGAACAAUUCGAAAAGCGGCACAGAGUUCUUUUCCGGCGGUUCCGAUGGUCAGGUGCUGUGGUGGGAUACCCGGAAGCUCACCGAACCGCUGGAUCGCCUGCUCAUGGAUCCGGUAAAGAGUGACGAGCAGGAUCUAUCCCGAUCCUACGGCAUAUCGGUGCUGGAGUACGAGACCACCAUUCCCACAAGAUUCAUGGCGGGAACUGAGAUGGGCAUGCUCUUCUCCUGCAAUCGGAAGGGCAAGACGCCCACGGAGAAGAUUCAGAUACGGAUGAUGUGCCACCUGGGUCCAGUGUAUGCCAUAACCCGAAAUCCGGCCUUUGUUAAGAACUUUCUAACAGUGGGCGACUGGUGUGCCCGGAUCUGGUCGGAGGACUGCAGGGAGAGCUCCAUCAUCUGGACCAAGAGCAGCAGCUCAAUGUUGACCGAUGGCGCUUGGAGUUACACCAAAGUCUCCCAGUUCUUCAUCACACGCAUGGAUGGCGUUUUGGACACCUGGGAUCUGCUGCAGCAGCAGAACGAGCCAGUGCUCACGGUUAAGGUGUGCGAUGAACCUUUGUAUUGUGUCCGGACCAACGAGAACGGCAAAUUCGUGAGCUGCGGCAGCCAGCUGGGAGCCACUUUCCUCAUCGAGGUCUCCGACAACAUGGUCAUGUCGGCCAAGAACGACAAGCCACUACUAACCGCCAUGUUCGAGCGCGAGAACCGUCGUGAGAAGAUCCUGGAGGCCAAAUCCCGGGAAAGCAAGCUGAAGGUGAAAGCCAACCAUGGUCAGGAUCAGGGGGACACGAUGAUGGUCAACGGGAAGAUCAACAUGGCGCCGUUUGAGGCAGCCUGCGAGCAAGCCGCCUCCGAAUACUUUGCGGCCGUGGAACAGGAACGCCAAAGGCGUCUGCCCGGCGGAAAGCGUAGAGGAUGCGGAGGAGGCUGAUGUGUCCGAGGCGGAGAGCUCGAAGCUGUAAAUCCCAAGCGGAACUAUAUCAUUUCAUUGUUGCACCUAAUAAGUACACGAUAUAGGAAUUGAAUUGGUUAGGAAAUAAAUAUUACAAAUGUAUUGAAAGUGUAUCUUAUUAUAGAUCGGACUGCCAGGGUGGUAGCCAUAUAAACUCAAGAACAAUUGAUCCAAUCCUAAUGUGAUAGAAUAUUUUCAAGUAUUAAGUAUUAUUAAACUUUAAAAGAACUUUUCAAUUAACCAACAGCACUUUGUUGAUUCAGUACAAGUGGUGAAAUUUAAAAAUUUAAAAACCGAUUAAAACGCCAUUCGUCGUUAUUCAACACUUUUAAUUUUUAGUGUUGGGCACAACUAGCUCUAGUUCUCUGCUCCGAUCGGACUCAGUUCCAAGUUCACGAGCCAAUUAGCCCAAUCAGCUGUUGUCAUUCGACAUUCGCACGCGGGAUUGGAAGGAAAUAAUUAAAACGUUUCUAAAGCACGCUAAGGAA